AUGUUCGUCAGCUUGCAAGAGCAACAACAGCAACAACGACAACACGUCAUGGACCAGACUCCUCCACCCAUGAGAUACCAUCAGAGCCGCGACGACGAGGUGCCGAGGGUGCUCCCCAGCCUCUCAUCAUUCACUUUUGACGACAGGAUGGAAGUCGACGCCCGAGGCAGCAGCAGCAGCAGCAGAAGCAACGACACAAAGCCCGGCCAGCGGCACGAGGUCGAGGUAGCCACUACGCUCGCCUCCAUGGCCUCCUUCAACAUCAAGUCGCCCACCUUCCCUUCCCCCACCCAGAGCUUCUCCUCGAUCAAGUCAGACGGCAUGACGAGGUCAACCAACUCUCAAUUCUCCUCGCCUGAACCUAGGUCACCAGACCUCCCUUCCGUCAACACCCAACUGUCCUUCUCCAAGGAUGGCGGCAAUGGCACGGCACCCAUGAUCACGCUGCCGCGUCUGCGCGACCUGGAUCUCCGGCCCCUCGAGUCCGACUUCACCUCCAGCCCGAGCUUCCUGCCCCCGUCCUCCUCCUCUUCCAUCUCGGGCACGGGACUGCGGCGAAGCAGCAUCGACUCCGUCGGCACUUCGUCCUUCACGGAACCCCGGAUCGACAUCUCCUCGCCCCCAGCCUACCGAAUCCCGCUGCCCCCAAUGCCUCCGAUGGCAUACCCGGACGCCCUUCCCUCCCCGACCCUCGGUGCCUCCCACCACCAUCACCACCAUCAUCACUCCCACUCUCACGCUCACCACUCUCACCCCCUUUCUCCGCCCCGCCGCCUCCAGCACAGGUUACCAGUGACCGCCCUCCGCACCUCCAGCGGGGCCUGCAGUCCCUCCCGCCGGCCUCGCCGGUCGCCCACGGGGUCCCGAUGCAACGUGAAGUACACGAUCCAGCAGGUCGACUUCAUCGACUACUUCCGCGUCGACCACCAUCUCUCAUGGAAGGAGGUCGAGGCCAAGUACGCCUCCGUGUUUCCCGAGGACGCUGCAAAGGGACAUAAACGUGGCCCGCAGGGGCUGCAGGGCGUCUACUACCGCAAGAACAAGCAGAUCCCAGCCACAGACCCGAACAAUCUCUUGGUCUUUGAUGAGGACGACAACCCCAAGACGUUCCAAUGUGACGUGCGCGAGCAGGGGAAGAAGAUGAACAACUCGAUCGGGUUGUUGGGCAUGCACCCCGAGCGCGCCAUUACCUACGCGUGGGUUUCCGAGGAGCACAAGAGGCAGUACGAGAAGCUGGGUCUUGCAAGACAAGCCCAGCUCGACGCCGCCGAAGCACGGAAGAAGAGGAGACGGGCCAUCCAGAACAGCCGUCUCUGA